AUGGCCCCAGCUACAACCACCCUAUCCCAGGUCGAUCUUGGAACCAACACCUCUUUCGAUGCUGCAAGACACGAAGUGGAAGCUAAUAUUCCCACUCAUUGUAUUUACCUGAAUACCGUCUUUCAAGGCACAAUGCUCGUCCAGCGUGUCAUCCGCCGCCCCGGCGUCUCGUGGCAAACAUGUAAACCGCUGGCCCUCGGGUCCAUCCCCCGGAGGACCCUCACAUCAGAACAAAUGAAAAUCGUCCAGUCGACGAUCCCUGCGUUGGAGCAGCACGGCAUGGCCAUCACGAGCCUCCUGCACAAGCGGCUCCUCGACUCGCACCCCGAGCUGAAAAAUGUCUUCAACACGACGCACCAAGUCACGGGCGAGCAGCCCGCGGCGCUCGCCCACGCCGUGUGGGCGUACGCAUCCAACAUUGACAAUCCCGCCGCCCUCCAAACGACCCUGUCCCGCAUCGGCCACAAGCACGCCAGCCUAGGCAUCACCCCGGAGCAGUACCCCAUCCUUGGCGAGGGCCUCCUUGCGGCCAUCAAGACGGUGCUGGGCGCCGCCGCCGACGACCAAGUCCUGGAUGCCUGGGGAGCCGCGUACGAGAAGCUCGCCGAGUACUGUAUCCGGUUCGAGGGCGAGCUCCAUCACGUCCUUCCACCUGACGCGACGCCGCUCGGCGGGGGCGGCCUGCCAGCGCACAAGCCCGGGCAGUUUGUCACGGUGCGGCGCUUCGUCCCGGAGCUGGCGUCGUACCAGCCGCGGCAGUACGGCGUGUCCGGUGCGCCCGACGGAAAGUCGCUCCGCAUCUCGGUCACCAGGGCCGCCGCCUCCGACGCCCGUCCGGCCGGGCGCGUCGCCGGCGUGCUCCAUGAGGAUCUCCCGGCAGGCGCGGAGCUCGACGUCAGCAUGCCCCUCGGCGGCCUGGUGCUCGACGUCAACGCCGCGACGCCCGUGGUGCUCGUGAGCCGCGGGGUCGGGCUGACGCCCGCCAUGGCCAUGCUCAAGACGCUCGUGGACCAGGCGAGCUGGAGGAGGGUCGUCUUUGUGCAUGCCGCGCGCGGUGGCCGCGGGCACGCCAUGAAGGCCGCCUUGUCCGAGAUUGUCGCCAACAACCCCCAGGUCCGCCGGGCCGUCUUCUACCAAGAGGUGACGGACCGGGACCAGCAGGGCUUCGACUACGACUUUGCGGGGGGGCUUGAGUUGAGUAAAAUCAAGGACGUGGUGCUGCUGCCCGGCGCCGACUUCUACAUCUGCGGCCCGCUGCCGUUCAUAAAGGCGCAGAGCAAGGCUUUGAUGUUGAUGGGCGUGGACGAGGGGCAUGUUCACAUGGAGCUGUUUGGCUCGCCUUCUGAAUGA